AGCAAGUCGUCACGCUGCCUGUCCUUCCCCCUGACCGUCACCACCUUCCUGGCGUCCACCAGCUGGACACUCUAUGGCCUGCAGCUCCACGACCCCUACAUCAUGGUCCCAAACAUGCCGGGGAUUGUCACCAGUGUCGUGCGGUUCUGGCUCUUCUGGCGGUACCCACCAGGCCAGGACAAGCCCUACAGACCCCUGCACGC